AUGCUGAACGAACUGGCAUUACGCGCAACAGCCCUUGAACUCUUCCGUCAACACCUCCACGGGCUAAUUCGUCGCGAGUCGGCCGAUCUUGAUGAGCUGGUUUUUGACCUGGACACCCAGGGUCGAAAACACCAGACCAAUCUGGAGCGACGCGCCGGGCACGAGGACCGUGAAGGCGUGUGGGCGAGGUAG